AUGAAAAACCAUUCUGUAAUAACAAACUUCAUCUUGCUAGGAUUGACAAGUGACCCACAACUACAGAUUUUUCUGUUAGUAUUUUUGUUUCUCACCUACAUUCUCACUGUUAUUGGAAAUCUAAUCAUUAUCAUCCUCACACUGGUGGACUUUCACCUUAGAACACCCAUGUACUUUUUCCUUCAGAAUUUCUCCAUCUUAGAAAUAAUAUUUACAACUGUCUGUGUUCCAAGAUUCCUAUACAGCAUGACAACUGGGAACAAAAAUAUUACCUAUAAUGCUUGUAUCACCCAAUUAUUUUUUGGCAUCCUCACUGGGGCAACAGAAUUCUUUCUUCUAACUGCCAUGUCUUAUGACCGCUAUGUGGCCAUUUGCAAGCCCCUGCACUACACCAAUAUCAUGAAUGAAAGAGUAUGUACCAUUCUUGUCCUUUGCUGUUGGCUACUUGGGUUGAUUAUCGUGUUCCCACCACUGAGCGUGGGAGUUCAGCUAGAGUUCUGUAAUUCCAUCAUUGACCAUUUUGGCUGUGAUGUGUAUUCUCUUCUCAAGAUUAUAUGUUCAGACACUCAGCUGGUAGAACAACUCAUCUUGAUCAUGGCUGUACUCACCCUCAUAUUCACAUUAGUCUGUGUAAUUGUAUCUUACAUAUACAUUAUCAAGACUAUUUUAAAUUUCCCUUCUGCUCAGCAAAGAAAAAAAGCUUUCUCCACUUGUUCUUCUCACAUGAUAGUUGUUUCCAUCACCUAUGGAAGUUGCAUUUUCAUCUAUAUCAAACCAUCAAAGGAAGAAGUGGCCAUUAAUAAGAUGGUGUCAUUGCUUAACACCUCAGUUAUCCCUCUGAUGAACCCUUUCAUUUAUACUCUACGGAAUAAGCAAGUCAAGCAAGCCUUCAAGGACUCAGUAAAAAGGAUUGCAUUUCUUUCAAAGAAUUAG